GCUACUCCCGGGGCCGGCCGCGGGCAGCCGCCGCCAGACGCGCGCUGCGGUUGUGGAGGUGCCGGGACCGGCCCCGGUCGGGCGAGGGGACCGGGAUGCUGCUCUCGAAAAUUAGCUCGUUGGCCCAUCUGCGCUCCGGGACCGGCGGGGAGCUGCACGCCGCGAAGCUGCAAGCGGGGAAGGAGAAGGAGCCCCUGGAGCGGCUGCACCGCGUGGGAGCGCUGCUGGGCAGCGGCGGCUCCGGGUCCGUGCCCUCGGGCUCCGCCCCGCCCGUCCGACAGCGCCCCGGUAAGUGGCGGGGCCGGUGGUGGGGCGGGGGGAGGCGGCGCGGCGGGGGCCAGCUCAGCCCAACGCUGCCCUUGGCUUGCAGGUGGCGAUCAAACACGUGGCUCGGGCGCAGCAGCAGCCUCGCCUGUAAGGGUCGGUGCUCCCCCGGUUCCGUGCUGCCAUCUUCCGGCACCCGCGGCUUUUCCUUACAACCCAAAGUUUGUCAACAAGAGUCACGUGCUGAUGACGGGGAACGGGUGACACGGUGUGUGUGUCCCCAUGGGGCCACUGGUGCAGCCUCUGCCAUCCCAGGGAUGCAUCCUCCCGCUGAGCUGUGCCUGUAUCCCAUAGGAACACGCGUGUACAGCCCACCGGAGUGGGUCCGCUACCACCGCUACCACGGCCGUCCAGCGGCCAUCUGGUCUCUGGGCGUGCUGCUUUAUGACAUGGUCUGCGGGGACGUCCCCUUCGAGCGUGAUGAGGACAUCAUCGGUGGGGAGCUCUUCUUCCGGCGCCGGGUCUCUGUCGAGUGCCAGCACCUCAUCCGGUGGUGUUUAUCCCUGCACGCUUCCGACAGACCAUCCCUGGAAGACAUUUUCAACCACACGUGGCUGCAAGCCCUUCACCUGCCCCAGGAGACAGCCGACAUCCACCUGCACAGCCUCAUCCAGGAGCCUGGCAAGUGACAGCUUCAGGCAGCUCCUGGCCAGAAGCAGCAAAGAAUCCCAGACUUGUCCUGAUGAGCACAGAACUGAGCAAGGAUCCUCAGACACGACCAUGCACGUCUUGUCCUGGACUUUUCUUUCGUUUUGCUUUGGGGUUUGAGUC